AUGUCUGCGUCCAUAGAUUCGGCCAAAGUGCCCCAGUUCUUCUGCCGCCAGCCGAAAUCCGUCGAGCUCAUACAGGCAGAGCCCGUGUUCAGAAGCUUACCCAACUUCCAGACGCCAGAGCCCACCGCGGACACCCGGUGUGCGCAAUUCAUAGCCGGCGGCAAGGCGUUCCUGUACACGCUGCCUUCGGGCGUGCAGGUGGUCGACACCGUCACGGGCGAGGUGCUCGUGCGCAUCCCGAUAGAGGACGUGUUCGAGACAAACAUCUCGCCGAACGGCAACUACGUGACGACAUGGUCGAAGCUCACCAAGGACCCGGCUGCUGGCGCCGACGCGGCGCCCGCCGUGUACCUCAAGAACGUCAACAUCAUCAACAUCGACCUCCCAAACAGAACGUUCCAAAUCCUGCACUCUUUUCUCAACAAAACCCAGAACGGCUGGAUCCCGCAGUUCACCGCAGACGAGUCCGUCGUGUGCUUCUACCGCAACCCGUACUCCUUGAACUUCUUCAAGCUGGCCGGCGCCAGCACCGUCUUCGACUUCUCCAAGCCGUUGUACACCCUCGACUUGAAGGAGUUUGGCAAGAUCGAAGACUUCCAGCUCUCGCCGGGGAAAAACCCCUCCGUCGCCGUCUUCAUCCCGGGCCAGAAGGGCAACCCGGCAUACAUCAAGGUGUACUCCUUGCCCAACGUCAAGAGCCCGGUCUCCCAGAAGCAGUUCUUCAAAGGUGAGUCCUGCACGUUCAAGUGGAACGCGCUCGGCACCUCCAUCUUGGCCCUCGUCUCCACCGACGUCGACUCCACCAACAAGUCCUACUACGGCGAGACCCAGCUCUAUCUGUUGGACAUCUCCGGUCUGUUUGACCAGAAGAUCCACCUCCCGAACGAGGGCCCCAUCCACGAGAUCACGUGGUCGCCUACGUCGAGAGAGUUCGCCGUCAUCUACGGCUACAUGCCCGCUGUCACCACCUUCUUCGACUCGAGAGGUAACUCGAUCCACUCUUUGCCCAAGGCACCAAGAAACACCAUCUUGUACUCCCCGCACGCAAAGUACAUCUUGGUGGCAGGUUUUGGGAACUUGCCCGGCGACAUCGACAUCUUGGACAGACAGAACAAGUUCUCCAAGGUCGUGUCCUUCCAGGCGUCCAACACCAGUGUGUGCAAGUGGUCGCCAGACGGCCGGUUCAUCUUGACCGCCACCACCUCGCCACGGUUGAGGGUCGACAACAGCGUCAAGAUCUGGUACUUCAACGGCUCGCUCGUCUACUACAAGGCGUACACCGAGUUGAACAGCGUCGAUUGGCGCUUCCAGCCCUUGACCGACUUCCCGCCCAUCACCGUCUCCAAGGCCGACAAGGUGGACUGCGAGCCCGACCAGAGCGCCAUCGACUACCUCAACAAACAGCCAAAGAAAAACGCAGCCAACGGUGGCAAGGUCGGGGCCUACAGGCCUCCGCACGCCAGAAGCAGCGCCAGCAGCAGCGGCACGGGCAGAUCCCUAGCCGACUUGCACGAGCAGAGGGUCGGCGGCGGCCGCUCCUUUGUCCCCGGCAUGUCUCCUUCCGCCUCCACCACCAACGUCUCCGACCCCGCCGGCUCCGAAAGCAAGUCUGCCCAGAAGAACAGACGCAAGAGAGCCAACAAGAAGAACGAAAACGACUCUCCAGUCUCCUCUCCUGCCGCCCCAGCGCCGGCCGCUCUCUCCACCCCGGCCACCGCCGAGUCGCUUGUCGUCGGCGGCGUCUUCUCCAUCGAGGAGAAGAAGAUCCGGAACCUCCUGAAGAAGCUCCGUGCCAUUGAGGCUCUCAAGCAGAAGCAGGCCAACAACGAGCAUCUCGAGGACACCCAGGUGUUGAAGAUCCAGACCGAGGACGCCGUGCGCAAGGAGCUCGAGAGUCUCGGCUGGAAGGGCGACGAGUGA